UUCAGUUUCAAUCUCAUUGUCUCUGAAAGAGGUUUGAAUACACAGUUUCUCUUUUGGCAGUUUCUCUUAAGGCAGGAACUACAACAAAAAUCUAUCAGAUCAGCAAGACAAAUUAGUGAGCACUUUUUUUUUCAAGCAGACAUCUUCUAUUUAUCAUUUAUAAAGCCACAAACACUUUCUCUUUUGUACUUUGCUAUUUACACAAGCAUAAAAGGGUAAAAGUAGUCAAUGCCAUGUCCAGAUCCCUGAAUUUAAAGCACAGCUUCUAUUCCUCUAUCUUCCAUUUUAUGCACAAAACAUCUUGAAAGAAAUUACUUCAAUUUUCUGUUCAUAAUAGGUGUUUUAAGUCUCUGAGUACUCAAGUACAAAAAAAAAAAGCAAGCCUUCUGCAGCUACUGCUCUCUGCAACUAAUUAAUAAGGAUCUUUCUUUUUCAAACCCCUGUGCUGUACACAAGAUCAAAGCAAAUCUAAGUCUGGGAUAUAACCUCAUAGAAAUCCUUCAAGACUUGUAUCAAUAGGACCAGAUGCUUUGCCAUAGUCAUGUUUACUUCCAUGAAAGUGAACACAGCUGUACAGACUGAUGUGAUUUGGAUUUAGGAAUUGGUUGCUGAAGCUGCAGAUUAGAGAGGGUUGGCUAACUUAGCAUCCUCCAUUUCUGCAAGUGGGCUGUUCUCCUAAUAAUCUGAAAUUUAAUUUUAGCAGAAAUCUUGGCCACCUUUCUUACAGAAGGGACUGUUGUGUUUCCUUCAGUUUUUUGAGGUUCCAUUCUCUCUAAUACACACAUGGAAAACAGCAUGCUGUUAAACUUUCAACUUCACACACAGCUGAAACAGAAAAUUUUCCAGGAAGAACAUUCCCUUCAAUGCAGAUCCUGCCCUAACUACCCAUGCAGUCAACACCAGAUACAUGUAAACACGUGACAUUAAGCUAGUUGGAAUUCAAUUUAGAAAACUCUACCAAGCUGUGGAAGGAUUCUAUUCUCAUAAAAGGACUUAAAAAUCAUCUUUUGAUGCAAUCAGAAUAGAAUAUGCACUCUUUUAUUUAUGUUGUAUGUCUCUAUAUAAACACCAGUUUCCAACUGAGGUCUUAGAAACUUAAGAAUUCUAAAUGCAAACUAAAAUAGACACUUGGAUAACUAUUAGAAUCCUAGUACAUAACACAGUCCUGCUGUUACGUCAGAGCUGGCUAAAAGGCCACACUCCAAAUGUGUCCCACCAGGGGACAGCCUAAAGCUGUAUCCCUCUAGUACAACUUGUGCAUUUCCAUAGCUCUCAGCAUACAAAAACAAGGUCUGGGGCAAAGAACACAGAACUGGUAAAACCUUAAGAACAUAAUGUGCAGAUGGAUGUCCUGAUAAACUAACGAUUUAUACAACUGCCCCCAAAAGAUGAGAUUUCAUUUUUUGGUUUUGAUGUUUCCAAUUAGGUAGGUCUCCUACAACAGACAUGUCAGAACUACCUCUUUCAGCUACAGUACAAGGAGAAUUUUAUUUUAGUGGGUUAAAGCCUUUUACUGCCAUGAGGUUAAGGGAAGGGAACCUCUCUUCACACAGCAGGAGUUUAUCAUAGAAAAGCAAGCCCUAAAAACAGGAUUUUGGUAUUCAAAAUACUUGCCAAUAUAUAACAAUAAGAAGCCAGCCAAUCUAAAAAUAUCUUUCAUGUAAACCUCAUGGGGAAGUACCUAAAAUUUACAGUCCACCUGUAAAUGUUGGAUUAGUGGAUCUUUCUAAACUGUAACAAGGAAUUUAGAAAAAAAUAUUACACACCAACACCACUCCCCCCUGCAGUGAGACACAAAAGCAUAAAAUCCUUAGGGAAGAAGCCACUAACUAGAGGAGGGUGGAGGUGGAAAGGGAGGGAAGGGAAGUUGCUGUUCAUUAUUUUUUAAGCUAUACUUGCUCCCUCCCCUACUUAAAUUAAAAAAAAAAAAAAGAAAGAGUUGUUAGUUGCUGAUGUCAUCAAAGUGCUAACAUUAAUCACUCACAGCAUCACUGGUCCACACACAAGAGUAUAUAACAGGGAUGCUCAGGCAGCAUACUGCCAAGGGGAGGCAAGCAAGGGAGAGGGGAAAAGACAUUCUUUUCUUCUCCUGUGUGGUCUUCGAAAAGCAAGGCAACAGCAUCUUUAGACAAGAUGUGCUCUUGCAGGAAUUUAAGUGGAAGAGACAAAGAAACCAUGCUACCAGCAGCAUCCGAGAAAAAAACUGAAAUCACCAAGCAAUGAGAAUUCAGUCCAGAGAAUCUGAGGAGAAGAAAAAGAAAACUAGCAAACAGAGAUCAGUCAGGAAAUAAUUCAUGUAGAAAGGGAUACAAAAAUGUGGUGUUUGUAACACUUUCACAGCAGCAUCGCCAUAAAGAAAUUCUGUUCUGGAAUUUCCAUCAGGGAGCAACGAGCACUACGAUUAACACCCAAACGACAUCCUCAGUGCUGCAGCUUCUCCAAAGAACAUCUUCCCUUUCCACAGGCAGAUCAGCAUCAAGAGAGAAAAAGAAAAAACAAAAACCUCCCAAGCAACAUCCUGAUGGGAAUAACCAUUCAAAACAUCACAGGAAACACAGCAAUGGUAAUUUGGCCAAAAAUGGCCAGUUGUGUUGACAGCUUUUACAGCAUCAUGUACCACCCUAACUGGAACAGCAUGCAGUCCAGCUACUCCAGAAAGAGCUUCCAGAGGGAAGAGAGGGUGCCCACCACUCGUUCCUCCUUUGUUGUUGAAAACCUGACUCCCCUCACAACGUACAUCAUGUGCGUGACCUGCCAGUCCGCAAACCCCUCCAGCGACCAGUGCAGAGUUUUCAACACACUGGAACGAGACCCCGCAUCGGCGAGCAACACCAAGAAAGAGCUGGCCCUGGGCAUCUGGCUCACCAGCAGCGUCCUGCUCCUCAUCAUCGCCGCGGUCCUGCUCUACGGCUGCCUGCACCUGCUGUGCCGCAGGAGACACGAGCGCUUGCAAGAGCGGAACAGGACCUCCAAACAAGAGUGUGAGGAGCCAUGGACCAAAAGCGUGGCGCACACCUCAGAUGAGUUCAGCAGGCAGAGCCAGCGCGCACAGGAUGCCGAGGAAAAGCAUCCAGGUGGCAUCCAGCUGGCCACAAUCAUAGAGAAUCCCUCAGUGUGCAAUGAGCCCAUCAUGACAUCUUCUAAAAGUCAGGAGCGAGUCCCAGUAACAGGACAGUGCUCUGCUAUAAAUUAGAAAUGUUCUGUCCAGGAGAAGGUUUUUGCCACAUGAGCACCCCAGCUAAUUCAAACACGUAAGAUGCACUGCUGGUGCUCAUGACAGGGCGCUCUGACUGCUCACUGCAGCGUUCCUGGCUCUGAUUUCACACUCCUUCCCAGCAGCCUGCAUGAAAAGGUUCACAUGCCCAAGAAGUGAGCACUUCACCCACCCUCCAUUUUUUAAAAAUUAAGCAUGUAGCAAGUAAUUGGUUUACAUUUCAAGGGGAUUUUUGAUUGCUUUUCUUUAGCCUAAAACAGCAAACAAAUAUAAAAAGUAGCCAAAAGUGACCAAAAUAAAUUUUGUUAACUAGCAUGAA